AUGAAAGACCCACGCUCCGCCAAGCGACGCAGGGUAUCCGAUCAUGGCCAGCCCGUGGAUUCAGACGGCGACACCGCGAUGCGCGAUGAGCAGGAGACGACGCCUACGCCGCGCAAACAGACAACCGGAAACGAGCCGCUAGGGGAUCCAGCGGAAGCAACAGAAGAGGAAGAUGGGUCACCGAGUACAUCGAGGUCGGCGCGACGUCGUCGAUUGUCGAAAGCAGGGCAGACGCCGGGCCAGGAAGGGAUAACGAUAACGCAAACGGGCGCGCAGGAUGUGGCGCAACAGGGGGGUGAGAACCAGGCGGAUACUACACCCUCGAGGACGGGGCUGCGGUCUAGUGGAAGGCAGCGCAAAGCGCCGCAGAGAUUCGAAGAUGAGGUCAAUAAUCAGACACCGGUGAGGAGGUCGACGACCGCUUCUGGGCAAACGGGGACUACGCCGAGGAGUACGCGGAGGACGAGGCAGGUGUCGCAGACUGAAGGGGAUGCUGGGGAGUCGCCGCGAGAACCAGAGGAGGAGGAAGAAGACGAGGGGAAACGGCCGGCUCGGGUGACGAGGACACGGUCCAAGAGGAAUACAGUGAGAUUUGAUGAUGCGAAGGAAGAUACAAGCGGAGCUGUACCUACGGGUCACGGGUCGCAGCAAUCCCCGUCUGUCGAUGAUUACCAGGACGGGCUGGAUGACCUGGUGUCGAUGCAGUUGCAGCAAGACUUGACUCACCAAGAAGGUCACGGUCCGGAUGAGGUCCCAGCGACCACCUUGCUGCCUACAUACGCCGAAACAUUCCGUACUCUAUCCCAAGCAGGGUUGACGGACGAACUGCGGACGUUAACCUCAAUUGUCUUGGAGAAGCUGAACGGCAAGCGACGGAUUCCUUUGAAGGGCGUGGAGAAUGAAUACCGAAAAGUGGAACAACUGCUGGAGCAGACGGUCAGCGUUGGAGAGGGGAAUUCGAUGCUGCUUCUGGGAUCGAGAGGGUCCGGGAAGACGGCGAUGGUCGAGACCAUCAUCGCGUCGUUGAGAAAAGAACACCAGAACGAUUUCCACGUGGUUCGCCUCAACGGAUUCCUGCAUACCGACGAUCGAUUGGCGCUGCGCGAGAUGUGGCGCCAGCUUGGCCGGGAGACCAACACGGAAGAGGAAGCCGGAAAAGUGGGCAGCUACGCCGACACGAUGGCGACUCUUCUCGCUCUGUUGUCGCAUCCCGAGGAGCUGUUUGGCUCGCCGGAGAAUGCGGAGACCGUGACGGCGGCUAAGUCCAUCGUCAUCAUCCUGGACGAGUUCGAUCUCUUCGUGACCCACCCGCGCCAAACCCUGCUGUAUAACUUGUUUGAUAUUGCGCAAGCGCGGAAGGCACCGGUGGCGGUGCUAGGGCUGACGACCAAGGUGGACGUCACCGAGAUGCUGGAAAAACGAGUGAAAAGUCGGUUUAGUCACCGAUACGUCUACAUUCCCCUUCCCCGGACAUUCGACACGUUCUCCGACAUCUGUUUUGCUGGGUUGAACCUGGAGGAGAGCGAAGUACUGGAGUAUGUGGAGGGGACCGAUGCGGAGAAGCAUGCGCUAGUCAGGUCGGAAGGAUGGAGUAGACUACUAGAGGGGUGGAAAGACUAUCUACAAGGUCUUUGGCGCGACGAGGCGUUCCAAGCUCACCUCCAACGAAUCUAUCACCAAUCAAAGUCCGUCAAAGAGUUCUUGACCAGCGCCCUGAUCGGACUGGGAGAGCUGCACUACAGCACGUAUCCCGACAACAACAACACACCAUCCCUCCAGAUCCCCACCGCCAUCACCUUCAGCAGCCAGAGCCUCUCCUGUCCGGAUCCCGCACCGCUCCCCUUCUCGGCCUCCGCAACCGCCAGCUCAUCCUCGCUGCUCCUCUCGCUCCUCCUCGCCGCCACCCGGCUGGCCGCGCUCUUCGACCCAGGCCUCGAGGCCGGCUCUUCGUUCCCAGCCGGACCCCUCGCGCUGUCCUUCCCCGCCGCGUACGCCGAAUACGUGCGCCUCCUGACGGCGGCGAAGACGUCGGCGUCCGUGUCCGGCGCGGCCGCCACCCCAGGCCGAGUCUGGGGUCGGGACGUGGCGCGCGAGGCGUGGGAGAAGCUCGUGAGCUGGGGUUUGAUCAGCCCUGUCGGCGCUGGCAGCGGGACCGCUGACGGCCGGAUGUUCCGAGUCGAGAUCAGUUUCGAAGAGGUGGUCGCUAUGGCGGGUUCGGGUGGUUCGUUGGGCAAAUGGUGGCGGGAUGGUUGA